GUGGAUGUAGAACAACAACAAGCCAUUUUAUUUUGAGACAUACAUUAAACAAAAACAAAACAUUUUUGUAUAUAUAAAUAUAUAUAGAACGUUCUGAUUAAACCAUGAUGAUGGUGUUGAUGAUCAUCAGUGCCGGCUCAGUUUUAAUUGUCCAAUUUUUUUUAGAAAUUGUUUUUUGAAAGAAAAAAAACAUUUUUGAAGACCAAAAAUAAUUAUGCAAAUGUUCUAGAUAAUUUUUUUCAUUUUAUAUGUUUUCAUAUCUAAAUUCAGUAACAUUCUAUCUUUCUAUAAAAAAAUAUGCUAAAAUUGUGUGUGUUUAAUUAUUAAAGACCACCCUAUAACCCAUGAGCCGGCUCUGAUGAUGAUGCAACUUACUUGGCAUCAUCACGUGAUGCAAGUUCUCCCGCGCAAAGCCGUUAAAGAAUAAACCGUUAUAUAACGAACCGUAUCGGCGAAAAAGGCUUCACAAAUCUCUUUCUCUCUGCUUUCGCGUUCCUCUGUUUCUACUAAAUAGUGCUGACGAUUCCUUGGAAGAAAAGCUUCGAGAAAAGAACAACAAUGGCGGAAAGAUCCUUCUCUCAGCUCCCGAUCUCUUCAUCUCACGGCGGCAGGAGGAUGAUGAACACCAGGAGAGGAGUUUUUCCGGUGUCGGAGUACUGGAUCCACGCGAUUCCGGUGAUCAUCUUCCUCUGUUUCUUCACGCUCUGGUUCUUCUCCCACUCAGUGAGGUUGGACGAGGACAGUGGUGAGAUCAUGUCAGUGCGUCUUCUCGAGAAGUCCAUGGCCGUGAGAAACGAGUCUCAUGUGAGCUUGGCGGUUCUUGCUUCCUCCGCCGUGGCCCCAGUCUCUGUUAACCAUACUCUGAUUGCUCAUCGCAACGCAACUCAAUCUCACAAUGCGACUGACAAGGCUGAGGUUCGUAAGCGGCAAGAGAUAAAGGCGAAAGGGAAGAAGAAGAAGAGAGGAGGUAGAAAAGAGAAGAUGGAGAAGGAUGUAAACAAGUCCAAAUCCGUGAAGAAAGCAAAGAAGUCACUCGCCGGCUAACGCUCUCACCGGAAGAAAGCUCUUCACGGUGAGACGCUUUCACUGGCUUUUUCCAUGAACAAUCAAGGCAGUGAGAUUCUUUUAAGGAAUUUGUUUUCUUUGUAUAGCUAUAUUGAUCGUGAUGUUGUUUCUGUUGUGAUUCUUGAGUUUGUGUGUGGUGAUGAAAAUCUUCUAGAAGUUUGUUUUAGCGCUGCUAAUACUGUUGUUGUAGUUUGAGCUACUCUUGUUUUUUCAGAGUUUUGUUAAAUCUAUACUAUUAAAAGGGAAUCACUCCUAAAAAAUCUACUUAAACAAGGUUGUUGGACCAUUUCAUUAGACUUAACUAUUUAUUUAGUCUUAACUUAUAUUUCUCUAACUAUAUAAAUACUUUACAUAAUUUAAAUGAAUUCAUUUAUUAUUUUCUCAUAAUCUAUUAUAUAAUUGCUCUAACAAUAAAUCCAUAUGAAUAUAUGAUAGAUUAUUCAAAUGUGAUCAUUACCACAUAUAAUUCUAUUAAUAGUAUAAACUUUUAAUGGGUUAUUUAUGUUUGAUAGGUAUAUAAUUUGUAUUUUAAAAUUUUAAGUACUCAUUUGGUCCUUACUUUGGUUUAUAUUUUUUGUAUGCUCGAUUAUUUAUGAAAUUCAGUUUAAUUUUGAGUUUUUUUCUCAGUUUGGUACGGUUCAGUGUACUCGGGUAAAUGUACUAAAGCCUAUACAUUAUCUCUUAUAUAAGAAGAAUUUAUUUAAUUUCAAAAAUAAAUCCACGCUUU